AUGGCUACCAAGUCUCCCAGAAUUGAGCCCCAGCAAAAUGUUCGCUUCCUCAUCUCGUGUAUCAGACACAGUAAUGGCGGAAAGGUCGAUUUCGACGCCGUUGCUAAAGAGCUUGACAUUGUGACCAGGGCCGCCGCAGCCAAGAGAUAUGAGCGUCUUCUCAAGUCUUCCAAGGACAGUGACAAGACGACUAACACCACUGCUGGUGCUGCCGCUCCCUCCGAUGGCGACGAAAAGCCGGCCAAGCCAGUCAAGCCGGCAACUACAAAGCGCAAAGCGCUGACGCUAUCUACUCCCAAGGAUUCUCCUAGUAAGAAGGCCAAGGCUGCUCCCCGCGGAAAAAAGGGCAAGGUCAAGGUGGAGGAGAAGGAGGAUGCUGAGGAAGAAACCAAGGCCGACUCUGAGUCUUCACUUUCCGAUGCACCAGAGGUCUUGGAGGAGCCCGUCAAGGCAGAGGAAGAUUGA